GCAAUGUAAAGAUAUCCAAAGCAUUCUCCUCCGAGGAGAGCAGUGAUCGCAUCAACUGUUCUAUACUGUUCAUAUAGUGUGGACCUAGAAAAACUCGCUAAAGCGUUUAGGCUUACAAAUUUUUUAACUUCUAAGCGACCGGAGACGCGGGCGGAUGCUUGUACUAAACGCAUACCUACAUACUGUAAAAGCGACGAGGAAUUCUACAAACUAAUUGUUGGACUUACUCGUAUUUAACAUCGGCCAGUUUUCCUUGAUCUCUAAAACGGCAAUCAAUUACAAAAAAAAUAUCCGUAUCUAGAGUGAAACGUACGUAACAUAGAGAGACUCGCAUCGCAACCGGUCAUUAGAAUUGUAUAGAUCUGAGCUUGAAUUGGUUUAAAAAAAAUACAUUUAUUUAAUUGUACCUUUCGUUAGAAGGGUCUCAAUGUUCAUUACAUGUUCUAUAGACAUGACAACAAGCUAAAUGACAGUUGUUGGUUGUUCGACGCCGAGCUUCAGCAUGCUUCUGUGUCUAUUGUAGUGUAAACGAAAACAUUAUAUAAAGGUCAAGUACAUGUUGAUAGCGUUCCCCGACACCGAUCUCUACGUUCGUGAUGCGGACGAGCUCCGGGUAUUAUUCCAUAUACUACCAUUAUUCCUACUCAAAUAUUAAGCAUCUACAUAGAACACAAGCUAUCUGUAGCACGAAUCAUCACUGAGACGUGUGCGAGUCAAAUAUUAAAUGUUACAAGAGCAAUAAUUGAAUCUGGUUUAAAAAAUAUAUAUUUAAAGAGUCGGAAAGUUGUGGUUGAGUGAAAUAUGUGCCAAGUUUGAUUAUCUUUGAUUAUCUUGCUCAGUGAACAUUCCGGUGAGGUCCGUAGGUGGAGCAGUGAGUAGGUAAAUGUGUACAAGAGGGUCGCGCUGAGUCGCAAUGGGACUGUGACGAAACGACGCGCCCGACAAUAACACGCGGGCGGCCGACGGCGGUGUCUGUUACAAACGAACGGAUGUGUAGUUACCGUUGACAAACUAUAAUCAUUGAGAUGACUUGUUUUUGUUGAGGCUUCGAUAUUUUUUUAAAUAAAGUAUUUUUUGAUACUACAUUUCCAGAUCGGCAGCAAGCCUGUACAUCGCAGUCGUCCGAUCCUUCUUGUUUUAAUUUCACGGCCCGUGCUCUCUAAUGUUAUUUUCUGUGUUGUAUUUUUUGUUUGUUUGACACAACCCACGAUAAAAUUUUACAGUCACACUCACAGCUUUGGACCGCAAAAAACAAUACACGAAUCUCAAAUUGAUUUUAAAGUACGUAAUGUGAGCAACCGUGCCUAAGAGCUCGGGGCUCCUCGGUUUGUUUAUAGUCACUUUAAGUAUUUAUAAUUCAAUGUACAAUGUUUAACAAUUAAUAAGUCUUUAUAAUAACAGACAAUUACAGAUGAAAUAGCGAUAUAUGAGAAAUAUUUUUACUCCUAUAAGCUUUAGGAUUACUAGAAAACUCAAAUAAAAUGCUCUCAUUCCAUAGAUGUAGGAUCAAGAGGUUGCCAACAAUCGUACCUAAAUUAAUUUGUAGACUAACGCCAGGAAAUGAAUUCAAUUUUUUAAAAAACGUACAGGAAGCUGUUUUUCGUUGGAUUUAUAGUUUGUGCCGCGGCUGUCUGCGGGGGUUCUUGGUCCACCGGCCGCCGUGGCUCGUGAGCGGUGAGCCGUCAGUCAACAGUGAACCCCCGACCACACACAGGGACGCACGUGCGCGUCCUCACAAUAUAAGUUUACGUGCCGUGUUCAGUUUACAAUAUAAUAUUUGAUGUGUUUGUUAUUGUGUUGUGGAUGCCUCGAGCUCCUGAACGGAUCCUUUUAGAGUCGUGACUAAUGAGCGUCCCCGCAGUGCACCAUGUCGGCUGUGAUGAGCACCCUGUCUAUGAUCAGCGGCGGCAGGAGGGCCCAUCGUAAGCUCACCAAUUCAAGAAAAUCUGGCCAGUUCUCCGACGCCGGAGAGGACAGAACCCGCAGUCAGCAUGACCUCAACAAGCAGCGCUCCGCCUCACUCCAAACCCUCGAGGCUGGAGGGGCCAUCAACCUUGAAACCCUGGAGGCUAAGAUGGCAAGCAUCGAAGUCUCCCUGGCGGGGUCGCGGCGCCGCAGUGCAGCGGGUCGUGACACCGCACGAGACAACACGCGCGAGCUGGACGCGCUGCGAGCCGCUAUUAACGACAAGGACAUCCUCAUACAGAAUUUAAAGAAACAGUUAAGCGCUUCACUGAGCGCCGCUCGCCUGGGCGUGCAGGCGUCGUCUCCCGUCCCGUACUCAGGUCGGGAGGACGCUCCGGUGUUGUCCCCUGAGGAAAGACGAGCCUUGGAGGAGAGAGCCGCCGCCGUCCGCUCAGACCUUGAUGCGAGGCGAGCUAACAUACAGGAACUGAAGAGAAGAUUAGAAAAAACACACGUCACAGAGAACAUAGACAGUCGUAUCGAGCAGGCGGAGCUGCAGUACCAGCUGGGCCGCGAGGAGCUGGAGCUGUUGACGCUGGGGGAGCAGGCGAGAGCCCUGGCGCUGCUCAUGGACCAGGCCGACGCCGCAGCACGCGCUCGACGCUCCACACUCUUCAGUACGGUCCGUGACUGCGGCGGCAGUGCGGUGUUGGUGUCAGCGGAGGCCCGGGACAACACGUGGAGUGCCGCCAUCCGGGGAGCCGCAGUCGCCGUGGAGUGGAGCGACCACCCUGCCCUCAAGCAAGGCGACCGAGUUCUGGAAGUAAACGGCACGUCGACACUGUGGUGCGGGUCCGAGGAGCUCCGGCGCGCCCUGAGCGCAGCCUCGCCCGCACGCCUCGUGCUGCUCCGAGCGCCGCCGCCCGCACUCACACAGAGCGAGGCGGCAUCUUUGCGCUCCGAGCUGGGCGCGCUACAAGCGGCGGCGGAACACGCGGAGAGAGCCAAGCAGGGACUGAGGCAGGACAACACCAGGCUCACCCACCGCAUCUCAUACCUCGAGGAACAGGUCGCCGAGCUGCUGGCGCGACACCCGCAGCUCCAACCAGUAAGCAGUGCCGACAGCUGUAUCACUGUCAACAAAACGAAGAGAAAUGUUACCAACAUCAACAUCACCUCGGAGCCGGCGACCAAACAGACUCCAAAAUCUGAGGUGCAGGUGUUCCAAAAGGGACCCGACAUCACGGCCAUAGUCGCUAAGUUACCAGGACUGGACGGGGCCGAGUCGAGCAAUCUGCCCGUGGUGAGGCCGAGAUCUAACGCGUCGGGAGCCUCCUCGAGACUGGCGACCUCUCCCCGGACCUCCCCGGCCCCCAACAGGCGGGCCCACAGCUCACACAGCCUGGAGCACCGCGCGGGCCGGCUGCGACAUUCCCUCUCACAUCACUGCAUCCACGACUACAGCGCGGAGACCGACGCCGCCAUCAGAAUGAUAGAGAGGAACCAGAGACAUAUGGAGAGGCAGAGGAUCGACACCGAGAAAUACAAUAGAACGAAGCGGGAGGAUCGGUUGAGGUCCGACAGCGACCUGGACGUCCAGGGAAAGGAGAACACCAGGAACGACAUAAAGAAGGCGGCGGAGAGAAUAGAACAGAGCAUCAAGAAGACGAACUGGGCCGAGAGGAAGACGCUGUCCAUCAUAGAGCAGCUGAAGAGAUCACAGCGGAUGCGCAAAAUGAAGAAAAACGAAAGUUCCGAGAACAUCCAAGUGGAGAAGGAGCGGCAUCACUCCUACAGCAGGAUAGACGGGAAGGUGCUGGAGAACGCGCACAAGUCGAGCCGGAGGACGGCCAAGGGGCAGUCCCGGAGCGCCAAGUCGUCGGAGUUCGAGUCCGAGUGCUCCGACUACCCCAGCGGGGACGUGUUCAGCAACUCGCCGCGGCUGGCCGCCACCGACUACGACGAGAACAGUUCCAGGACGACUCGCUACCUCAAGAUAGACGACCUCCGGGAAGACUGCAAGUCCAGACCGACGCCCCCCAGGAAGCCGCUGAGACUGUCACUGCACAAGGCGAAAAGCGCCCACUCGCUCGUCAACGGCAGCGAGUCGGAGGCGAGCAGGCCGCCGUCCGAGGCGCAGAACGGAGACGCCGCGUCACACUGCAAGAGGCCCGUGAAGCGCUCGCACGCCGCGGACAAACACACCAGGGAGAGGCUUCGGGACCCGCGAGCCACGCCGAGGCCUGCUCGACGGACCGGGCCCGCCCCGCCCGCCGACAGGCUGUACUCGGACAAGUGGUGACGUGGUGACGUGGACACGAGGCGGGCGCCGGAGCCGUGUGUAUAGACGUGUACAUAUUAGUUAAGUGCACCCACCGCUGAAUACUCACUCGUGAUUUAUAUAUUUAUUGAUAAAAUAAAAAACAUUUCCAGGA